GCGACGAACUCAGCUGAUUGAAUGAAAACCCCAAGCUGAGCAGCAGCCACAAUUGCCCCAACCAACGCUCAUUGAGAGAGGGCGCCAGCGAGAGAGAGAGAGCGAGCAACAAGCAACUGCAGAGCGAGAAGAGCUGCUUCCAAGAUGGGUGCUGGUGAUGCGGAGAACGGCAAGAAGAUCUUUGUGCAGAAGUGCGCCCAGUGCCACACCUACGAGGUGGGCGGCAAGCACAAGGUGGGCCCAAAUCUGGGCGGGAUUGUGGGUCGCAAGUGCGGCACAGCAGCGGGAUACAAGUAUACCGAUGCCAACAUAAAGAAGGGCGUUACCUGGACAGAGGGAAAUUUAGACGAGUACCUCAAGGACCCGAAAAAGUACAUUCCUGGAACGAAGAUGGUGUUCGCAGGUCUCAAAAAGGCUGAGGAGCGGGCCGAUUUGAUUGCCUUUCUCAAGACAAACAAGUAAGAAUUGCCUGCAAAACAACAAGAUCGGCAACCAAACUAUCCGGAACACUGCUCUAAAGAAAUACGCCGAACAUUUUCAAAAGAUGCCGCAUGCCCUUGGUUUUUUAAACUUCGAUUGGCAAUGACCAAGCUCAAAUACAUUUCAAAAACGUUUACUUCUACUUUAGCCAAUUAAAGUUGAUAAACCAAAAA